AUGUGUCGUAGACUUCAUCAAUGGCGAGGCUUUGAUGAAGAGGGCUGCUACUUAUCUGUUUUGGCCUCCCGAUUUCAGCGACGCGCGGAUAUUGUGGGCAAAGGAUUUUCUGGCUACAAUACUCGACUGUGUCUUCCUGUUCUAAAGGUCCUUUUUCCUAAUCCGGAAUCUCUUCUGCACACAGCGGCUUUCUUCAUCUUUCUUGGGGCAAACGAUGCCAGUUUCGGAUCGCAGAAGAUCGAGAUUCCGGAGUACAAACAGAAUCUUACCUUAAUGGUAGCACACCUAUCGAACAUGAACUUGGAUCGAGAGAAAAUAGUUCUUGUCACACCACCACCAGUCGAUGAAACAGGCCAGGAGGCGAGAAACGAACCUUUUGCGAGAACCUUCGAAAACACCAAGAAGUAUGCUGCUGCGUGUGCUGAAGUCGCUAAAGAACAGAGAGUAGCCUACGUAGAUCUAUUUGAAGCCAUAGCAGCUCAAGAGAAUUGGAAGAGCUUUUUCAUUGAUGGGCUUCACUUCGCUAAACCCGGAGGACUAUUUUGUGGCAAGGUGUUAGGCGAUGCGCUGGAACCCCUCUUGCCCUCAUCGAUGCCGUUUUUCCCUGACUGGCGCGAGGCUCUCAAACUGGACCUAUCCAAUCCUUUUCCAUUGCACUAG